AUGCCUCUCCUUGAGCAGCUCCAAGCCUACAAGGUCACAGCUUACAACACUAGGCACCAAAGAGGAAGAAAGCUUAGUGUUGGAGGGGUGAUCACACCAUCUUUGUGCAGCAGGAGUAAGUGGACAAGAGAAGGUCUACUCCACCAGGUUGGAUGGACAUCAAGUUUUGCAAGACCAACCUCCUCAUUGAGCACAAGGAGUUGGAUGGGAGAUUCCAAUUCAAGUUCACCACCAUUGGCUGGACCCUCCAAGCUUCUCCUGCCCAACCCUGAGCUCACCACGAAGAGGAGCCUGAGCUCGAUCGAGCUGAGGAUCGAGCUGAGAUCAGCUGAGGAUCGAGUGAGGAGCGAGUGCGAUUUGGGUGAGCCUGAGUGCUAUUACUUUGAGGAGUAUGAGGCUCCAAGGAUGAACCCCUCUGUUGUGGCUGCCCACAAGAGGAUUGGACUUCUCCAAAAGUUCAACAAAUGGCAAGGGAAAGCCAUUGAGAAGAUGCAAAAGUCCAUGGACAAGAUGGUGAGCAAGAUCAAAAGUUUGGAGAAGAAGGUUUCUGGUUCUUCAAGCAAGAAGAAGAAGUCCAAGGCCCCCACUUCCCUAGGAGUAGAUCACUCCUCACCACUCCAAGGAGGCUCCCUGCCCAAGAGCCUCACAGAGCCUCUUCUUUCGAGCCAAGGGAAGGAGAAGACAACACGCAGAGAAGGAGGAAGACUUCCAAGGCCAGACGCUCCAGCUCGACCACCGGACUCGAUCGAGUCCAAACAGAGGAAACUCAACUCGAUCGAGCUGACGGUCGAGUUGACCUGGAGGAGCCCCAGUUUGAGGAUCCGGAUUUGA